AAGCUCAUGUUUAGUGCUUCACUAGCAAAACCCACCUGCAAAACUCUCUCCAUUCUAUCUCUCCCCCCUCUUCUCUUCUCUUCUCUUCCCUUCUCCUCCAUCAUCACCCACUUGCUCAAAUUUUUUAAUCCAAAACAUCUCUAUUUUCUUUGCCAAACAUAGUCUUCUCUUACAGUAGAUUUGUCUUUUGGCUAUAGAAGGUGCUUAAGCUCAAGAUUUUCAGAGACACAUACCCAUUACCCAAGGCGUGUUAGUGCCUUCUCUCAUGAUCAUGCCUUGUAUGUCUACAGUCUAGUGCCCCUAUAGCCCUAGCCAUAUCUUCACAUAUCAUUGUCUUUUCCAGAACACUGUUCUGAGGGUUGACUGCCUUACCUCCUCUCUCCCUCUUUUUCUCUCUCCUCCACCAUCAAGGGGUUGAUAGAAAUAGAAAAGGUGUAAGCACAGACAGAGGACCAUUUGCGCAUACUGGGGAGAGAAAGAGAGUCCUAGAAAUGGAACUUUCAAGUGAAGAUGGGGAGAUCCCAAUCCCAAUCCCAAUUCCAAUCAACAGUUCAUAUGGUGUGGGGCACAUGAUCCAUCAUGAUCCAGCACCCCGCAACCACAUAAUUCCAACUUCAUUAGCAACCCAAAACAACCAGAUGUCCUCCAAUGGCCCUCCAAUUCCCACAAUAACCCUAGUGGAGGACCAUCAUGUACCCUACAAGAAAAUGGUGAGGUACAAGGAAUGCCUAAAGAACCAUGCAGCAUCAAUGGGUGGAAGUGCCACAGAUGGGUGUGGUGAGUUCAUGCCCAAUGGAGAAGAGGGUACCCUAGAAGCCCUCACUUGCUCAGCCUGCAACUGCCACAGAAACUUCCACAGAAAAGAAGUUGAAGGUGAGCAACAUCCCUCUUCCUGUGAGGGCUACCACACCCCACCACAUCUCAACAGGGUUGGGGGCAGAAGAGUCAUUCUGAGCCAUCAUCACAAGAACUUUUUAGGCCCAGAAGCUCUAGGGUACCCUACAGCCACUUUUAUCCCCUCUGGACCAGCACCACCACCAGCAGCCCACCACCAGAUGUUAAUGUCCUACAAUAUGGGGUCACUACUACCUUCAGAAUCUGAUGAGCAAGAAGAUGGUGUCGGUGGUGGUGGAGGGGUGGUGCUGAGGCCACCUCAUCAUCAGAUGGUGAAGAAGAGAUUCAGAACAAAGUUUACCCAGGAACAGAAAGAGAAAAUGCUCAACUUUGCUGAGAAAGUUGGGUGGAAAAUUCAGAAGCAAGAGGAAGCUGUGGUGCAACAGUUGUGCCAAGAAAUUGGAAUCAAGAGAAGAGUCCUCAAGGUUUGGAUGCACAACAACAAACACAAUCUAGCCAAGAAGAACCCCUCCUCCACUCUUCAAAUCCCAAUCUAAAAGCAAAACCAAAUAAAAAAAACUUUUUUUUUCUCCAUUAAUCCCACUGCUUAACUGAGAGUAUUCCUUUUUUCUUUUUCUUUUUUUCUUUUUUGUUUGCCCUUUUUGUCUUUUAACCAUUUUCUUCCUUGGUGUCCCUUUUGGAGCUAUAUCCAUAUUUUUAAUAUUUUUUUGAUUAUGUAAUGUGGUCUGAUGGAAUUGGGUUGAUUGAUAUACUCUUUUAAGAGUAGAUUGUAUUUAUAAGGAGAGUUUAUUAAUUAAAUCCUUUCUUUUUAUUUAAA